AACUAAGGAGAUCAGAUGUUUACUACAAAGAUGUCCUCCUUGCUAGCUGCCUUAUAUUGGAGUGUGAAAAAAUGAGAAUAAUAUUAAAUAAGUCACAUUUAUCAACACUUUUAGAACUCUUUCCGGUUUGAGCGUCCUGAUAUAUCCUGAAGAUGCAGCUGAAGCAUCUGAAGACGCUGCUAACACCCACGGAGGAGGCUGCCAAAAUCACGUGCAUGACCUGGGCCUCCAAUAACAACAAGUUUGCAGUCUGCACCUCGGACAGAGUGGUGCUGCUGUACGAUGAGCAGGGAGAGAGGAGAGACAAAUUCUCCACCAAACCUCAGGACUCCAAGUAUGGAAAACAGAGCUACGUCGUCAAUGACAUGGUGUUCUCCCCGGACUCCACAAAGAUCGCCAUCGGACAGUCUGAUAACAUCAUCUUUGUGUACAGGAUCGGAGAGGAAUGGGGAGACAAGAAAGCGAUUUGCCACAAGUUUGUUCAAACGAUUGCCGUGACCUGCUUGCUGUGGCCUUCAGAUCACUCCAUUGUUUAUGGAUUAGUGGAUGGAAAGGUCCGCAACGCCAACACUCAGACAAACAAGUCCUCCACCAUCUACAGCACCGAGUCCUGCGUCAUCUCACUGGCGUCCAAUGUUUCUGGUAAAGGCAUCCUCUCUGGUCACGCUGAUGGGACAGUUGUGCGUUUCUUCUUUGAUGAUGAAGGUUCAGGGGACUCUCAGGGAAAGCUGCUGAUGCACCCGUGCCCACCCUACGCUCUGGCCUGGGGUGCAAACAGCAUCAUGGUGGCCGGCUGUGAUAAAAAGGUGGUGGCCUACUCCAGAGAGGGUCACAUCCUGCAGACCUUCGACUACAGCAGAGACCGCACAGAGAAGGAGUUCACCGUGGCCGCCACCAGCCCCAGCGGGCAGUCGGUCGUGUUCGGCAGUUAUGAUCGGCUGCGGGUGUUUAACUGGGCGCCCAGGAGAGGUGUGUGGGAUGAAGCAAAGCCUAAAGAGAUCCUGAACCUCUACACGAUCACCGCCCUGGCCUGGAAGAAGGAUGGAUCACGCCUCUGUGCUGGAACACUGUGCGGUGGAGUGGAGCUGUUCGACUGCUGCUUACGGAGAAGCAUCUACAAGAACAAGUUUGAAAUCACCUACGUCGGCCUGAGCCAGGUGUUGGUGAGGAACCUCUCCACUGGGACUCGUGUGGUCCUGAAAUCUUACUACGGUUAUGAGAUAGAGGAAGUGAAAAUCAUGGGGAAGGAUCGCUUCCUGGUGGCUCACACCUCUGAUACUCUUCUGCUGGGAGACAUGCAGACGAAUAACCUCAGUGAGGUUCCGUGGCCCGGCUCUGGAGGGAAUGAAAAGUUCUUCUUUGAGAAUGAAACGGUGUGUAUGAUCUUUAACGCCGGGGAGCUGAGCCUGGUGGAGUACAACAACAAUGAGAUCCUGGGAUCGGUCCGGACUGAGUUUAUGAACCCUCAUCUCAUCAGUGUUCGUCUGAACGAGAGGAAGCAGAGAGGAGUCGAAGACAAUAAGAAGCUCGCAUAUCUGAUCGACAUAAAGACUCUUGCUAUUGUGGACUUGGCCGGGGGCUACAGUCUGGCAUCCAUCAGCCACGACUCCAAGAUUGACUGGCUGGAGCUCAACGAAACCGGACGCAAACUGCUGUUCAGGGACAAGAAGCUGCGGCUCCACCUGUACGACAUAGAGAGCACCGUAAAGACCACAAUCCUGAGCUUCUGCUCCUACGUCCAGUGGGUGCCCGGCAGUGAUGUGGUGGUGGCCCAGAACAGGGGGAACCUCUGCAUCUGGUACAGCAUAGACAGUCCCGAGAGCAUCACCAUGUUCCCCAUCAAGGGGGACAUUGUGGAUCUGGAACGAGCUGAAGGAAAGACGAACGUGGUCGUGACGGAGGGAGUCAGCACUCUGACUUACACGCUGGACGAAGGCCUCAUCGAGUUCGGAACUGCUGUGGAUGAUGGAGAUUACGACAGAGCCACAGCAUUCCUUGAGACUCUGGAGAUGUCAUCAGAGACUGAGGCCAUGUGGAAGACACUCAGCAAGCUGGCUCUGGAGGCUCACCAGCUGCACAUCGCAGAAAGGUGUUUCGCCGCGUUGGGGGACGUCUCGACCGUUCGUUUCCUCCACCAGACGAACCAGAUUGCAGACAAAGUCUCUGAAGACAUGGGAGGAGAUGGGACAGAGUUUUUUGAGGUCCAAGCUCACGUGGCGAUGCUGGAUAAGAACUUUAAGCGGGCGGAGAUGCACUACAUGGAGCAGAAUGCAAUCGACGAAGCUAUAGCGAUGUACCAGGAGCUCCACAUGUGGGACGACAGCAUCGCCGUGGCCGAAGCGAAGGGCCAUCCAGACCUGGACAGCCUGCGUGGGAACCGUUACCAGUGGCUGACGUCGACCGGUCAGGAAGAGAAGGCCGGCGAGGUGAAGGAGAGUGAGGGAGACUUCCAGGGAGCCAUCAACCUCUACCUGAAGGCCGGUCUUCCCGCCAAAGCUGCCCGCCUCGCCAUCAGCCGACCAGAGAUCAGCAACAACAGCGACACAGUCAGCCGUAUCGCAGCCAGCCUCAUUAAGGGAGAGUUCUAUGAGAGGGCCGGAGAUCUGUACGAGAAGAUCAGAAACAACCAGAGAGCUUUGGAGUGCUACGUGAAAGGAGGGGCGUUCAGGAAAGCCGUGGAGCUGGCGCGCCUCGCCUUCCCCGCUGAGGUGGUGAAACUGGAGGAGGCCUGGGGAGACUACCUCGUCCAGCAGAAACAGAUGGACGCAGCCAUCAACCACUUCAUUGAAGCAGGAUGUUCUCUUAAAGCCAUCGAGGCCGCCAUCGCCGCCCGACAGUGGAAGAAAGCGGUCCACAUCCUGGAGUUACAGGAGGAUUCAUCAGCAGGAAAAUACUACUUAAAGAUAGCUCAGCACUACGCCUCCAUGCAGGACUACGAGGUGGCAGAGCAGCUGUUUGUGAAAGGAGGUCACAUUAAAGAUGCUAUAGACAUGUACACUGCAGCAGGACGCUGGGAGGAGGCUCAUAAGUUGGCCGUGAAGUGCAUGACAGAGGAAGAGGUCGUGGCGCUGUACGUCAGCAGAGCUCAGGAGCUGGAGAGGGACGGCAAAUUCAAGGAGGCCGAGAGGCUGUUCUCCACAGUGAAGCAGCCUGACCUCGCCAUAACCAUGUACAAGAAGAACCGGAUGUUUGAUGAUGUCAUUCGCCUGGUGGCCAAACAUCACCCCGACCUGCUGACGGAGACCCACCUUCACCUGGCCCAGGUGCUGGAAGGUGAAACCAGGUUCUCAGAGGCGGAGUAUCACUUCAUGGAGGCUGGAGAGUGGAAGGAUGCGGUCCAGAUGUACAGAGGCAACAAUAUGUGGGAGGAAGCGUACCGGGUAGCAAAGAGUCACGGGGGGGAUGGAGCCCAGCAGAAAGUGGCCUACAUGUGGGCUCGCAGUCUGGGAGGAGAGGCGGCCGUCAAGCUGCUCAACAAGUUCAGUCUCCUGGAGUACGCCAUCGAGACGGCGUCCAAUAACUUCUCAUUUGACUUUGCGUUCGAUCUGGCUCGCCUCUCGUCCAAAGAAAAGAUCCCUGAGAUCCACCUGAAACAAGCCAUCUACCUGGAGGAUGAAGGGAAGUUUCCUGAGGCGGAGGUCGAGUUCGUCAAAGCAGGGAAACCCAAAGAGGCUGUGCUCAUGUACAUCCACAACAAGGACUGGGCCAGCGCGCAGCGGGUGGCCGAGGGACACGAUCCAGAGAGCGUGUCUGAGGUUCUGGUCGGCCAAGCCAAGUUCUGCUUUGAACAGAAUGAUUUCCAGAAGGCUGAGGCCUUCCUGCUCCGAGCCCAGAGACCCGAUAUCGCUGUUAAAUAUUACAAGGAUGCAGAAAUGUGGAGUGAUGCCAUGCGGAUCUGUAAGGAGUAUCUCCCCAACAAGCUCUCUGUGCUGCAAGAAGAGUACGAAAGAGAGACCUCGAAGAAGGGAGUCAGAGGCGUGGAGGUUCUGCUGGAACAGGCCAGGGAGUGGGAGCAGUCAGGUGAAUACUCUCGAGCUGUGGAGUGUUACCUGAAGGUGAAGGACGACGCCAACGUCAACCUGACGGAGAAGUACUGGAUGAGGGCUGUAGAGUUAUCCAUCAAGUUCCUCGGUGUGGAUCGAGCCGUGGAGGUUGUCCGGGCGGUCGGACCGCGACUCACACAGCUCAGGAAGUACAACUCUGCGGCUGAGAUCUACCUGAACGUAGACCUCAUCAAGGAGGCCAUUGAUGCUUUCAUUGCUGGGGAGGAGUGGAACAAAGCCAAGAGAGUCGCCAAGGAGCUGGAGCCCAGGUACGAGGACUACGUGGACCAGAAGUACAAAGAACACCUGAAGGACCAAGGCAAAGUCGACUCUCUGGUGGGUGUGGACGUGGUAGCAGCUCUGGACAUGUACGCAGAGAGAGGACAGUGGGAGAAAUGUCUGGAAACAGCAUCCAAACAGAACUUUAAGAUCCUGCAUAAGUACGUCGCUCUGUACGCCACACUACUCAUCAAAGAGGAAGACCCCACGAAGGCUCUGUGCCUCUACAUCCAACACGGAGCGCCACCAAACCCUCAGAACUUUAACAUCUACAAGCGUCUAUUUCUGGACCUCAUCAAUCUCCCCGACACCGACACACCAGAGUCUUACCACAUGUGGGCCGACCUCCGCAACUUCCUGCAGCAGCUGUGUGAGAACAUGUCGAGGUCCGCAGAGGCCAACUCUCCGGCUCAUGAGGACUUUGAACAGUUGCUGCUGAUCGCUCAUUACUACGCCACGAGAUCCGCCGCGAAAGGAGUCGAGCAGCUGGUCAGCAUAGCAGCCAAGCUGUCGGUGUCUUUGUUGCGUCACACUGAGCUCAUUCCUGCAGAUAAAGCUUUCUAUGAGGCCGGCCUGGCCUGCAGGGCGGUCGGCUGGGAGAACAUGGCCUUCAUCUUCCUCAAUCACUUCCUGGAUCUGUGUGACGCGAUUGACGAGGGCACCCUGGACGCUUUGGAUCACUCUGACUUCAUGGACACCGACAUUCCCUUUGAGGUCCCGAUCCCCACCAAACUCUGCGUCACUGACGCCCAGCGGGAGCAGAUCCGGGACUGGGUGCUGAUGGUGUCCAUGGACAACCGGUUGGAGCAGGUUCUCCCUCGAGAUGAGAGAAACUCGUACGAAGCGUCGCUGGUCGCAUCAAACACCGGCCUGCGCUCGCUGCCUUGUCUGCUCACUGGUUACCCCGUCCUGAGGAACAAGGUUGAAUUCUCGCCUGUGGGGAAAGCAGCCAACAAGGACGACUGGAACAAAUUCCUCAUGGCUACAAAGACCACUCACAGUCCAGAGUGUCAGGACGUCCUCAAGUUCAUCAACCAGUGGUGUGGAGGUCUGGGGGCGUCUGGAUUCUCCUUCCACUGAUAAAUACUCACUAUUAAUCUGGUUAUGUACCAUUCCAUUAUCAUAACUUUUUACACUCCAGCUGUUAUCAAAACAUUAUUUAAACGGACCAAGAACCCUUUUU